CGCUCGCGAGAGAGGAUGGCGGGGGCCGCGCCGGGCGCCAUCAUGGACGAGGACUACUUCGGGAACGCGGCCGAGUGGGGCGACGAGGCGGAAGGCGGCCAGGAGGAUGACUAUGGAGAGGGAGAAGAUGACGCUGAGGUCCAGCAGGAGUGCCUACAUAAAUUUUCUACCCGGGAUUAUAUAAUGGAGCCCUCUAUCUUUAACACUCUAAAGAGGUAUUUUCAGGCAGGAGGAUCUCCAGAAAAUGUUAUCCAGCUUUUGUCGGAGAACUACACAGCUGUGGCACAGACCGUCAACCUGCUGGCCGAGUGGCUCAUCCAGACAGGUGUUGAGCCAGUGCAGGUUCAGGAAACUGUGGAAAAUCACCUGAAGAGUUUACUGAUCAAACAUUUUGACCCCCGCAAAGCAGACUCUAUUUUUACUGAAGAAGGAGAGACCCCUGCUUGGCUUGAACAAAUGAUUGCACACACCACUUGGAGAGACCUUUUUUAUAAGCUGGCUGAAGCCCACCCAGACUGUUUGAUGCUUAACUUCACUGUUAAGCUUAUUUCCGAUGCAGGAUACCAAGGGGAGAUCACGAGUGUGUCCACAGCCUGCCAGCAGCUGGAGGUGUUUUCUAGAGUGCUCCGUACUUCUCUAGCUACAAUUUUGGAUGGAGGAGAAGAAAACCUUGAAAAAAAUCUCCCUGAGUUUGCAAAGAUGGUGUGCCACGGGGAACACACGUACCUGUUCGCACAGGCCCUGAUGUCCGUGCUGGCCCAGGAGGAGCAGGGGGGCUCGGCUGUGCGCAGGAUUGCACAAGAGGUUCAGCGCUUCGCCCAGGAGAGAGGCCACGAUGCCAGUCAGAUCACACUGGCUCUGGGCACAGCUGCCUCCUACCCCCGGGCGUGCCAGGCCCUCGGGGCCAUGCUGUCCAAGGGAGCCCUGAACCCGGCUGACAUCACAGUCCUGUUCAAGAUGUUUACGAGCAUGGACCCGCCCCCUGUUGAACUCAUCCGGGUACCCGCCUUCCUGGACCUGUUCAUGCAGUCACUCUUUAAACCCGGGGCCAGGAUCAACCAGGACCACAAGCACAAGUAUAUCCACAUCUUGGCAUACGCAGCGAGCGUGGUGGAGACCUGGAAGAAGAACAAGCGUGUCAGCAUCAAUAAAGACGAGUUGAAGUCCACAUCAAAAGCUGUUGAGACUGUUCACAACCUGUGCUGCAAUGAGAACAAGGGGGCGUCGGAGCUCGUGGCUGAGCUGAGCACCCUCUAUCAGUGCAUCCGGUUUCCAGUGGUGGCCAUGGGGGUACUGAAGUGGGUGGACUGGACGGUGUCCGAGCCGAGGUACUUCCAGCUGCAGACCGACCACACCCCGGUGCACCUGGCGCUGCUGGAUGAGAUCAGUACCUGCCAUCAGCUCCUGCACCCCCAGGUCCUGCAGCUGCUGGUGAAGCUCUUCGAGACAGAGCACUCACAGCUGGACGUGAUGGAGCAGCUCGAGUUGAAGAAGACCCUCCUGGACAGGAUGGUGCACCUGCUGAGCCGCGGCUAUGUGCUCCCUGUGGUCAGCUACAUCCGCAAGUGUCUGGAGAAGCUGGACACUGACAUCUCCCUCAUUCGCCACUUUGUGACCGAGGUACUGGAUGUCAUCGCGCCCCCCUACACCUCUGACUUUGUGCAGCUUUUCCUCCCCAUCCUGGAAAACGAUAGCAUUGCUGGCACCAUUAAAACCGAAGGCGAACAUGACCCCGUGACAGAGUUCAUAGCUCACUGCAAGUCUAACUUCAUCCUGGUGAACUGACUCAGACAUCCCCAGAGUGGAGCCGGCCCCUCCGGGAGACCCCUGUGGAAUAACCCUGUGCAGAAGCCGUUGUUGGAAGACGCCCCGUCAGCGUCUUGGAAAUGGGCUCUGAACGGGAGGACGUAAAGAACUUGUGUGUAAAGGAAAAUGUUAGCAGUGUAAGUGGAAAACUUGGGAAUGGGCCCUCUCUAAGUCCAGGUCUGCCCCCUGGAUCCCGUCUACAGUGUCACUUCCCCUGGUAGUGGACUAGGCUUCUAAGACCCCUUAGGAUGUAGUCAACUGUCAGACCUGGGGUGGUAGAAUUCAGAGACUGAGACACUCAGAUGAACUGUUUUCAAAGUUGGCUUUUGUUUUUGCACAAGAUCUGAUUGGUUAGUUCAUAUUACUGUGAUUACUUUUAUUUUCCAAGAACGUAUAAAAGCUUUUCUGUGGUGAGAAGGUGUGGAUCCCGGUGUCAUGUUGUUCUUAUGUGUAAAUAAAGCAUUCAGAUUCA